UUAUGAUUGCACUAUUGAAUUGACUACUUAUAAAUAAAAAUUCAUAUUUGUAUAGAUUGCAGUAUUCGCAAGAAGUAUUUGAGCUACCUUUUGUGACAACGUAGAACGAAAACCGUUUUAAAAUGUUGAACCUAGUUUUGAGAUAUCCUUUUAUUAUUCCUAAAACUUUAUUAACUCAAGUUCGAUCUGUCCAUGGAAUAACACAAAAAUAUUUUAUACAUGACAAGAAUAUAUUUUCAGCAGCAAUGGCUGUUAGAAUGUUUCUAACAAAAUGUACAAGAUUAUCUGAUGGAGCAACACAACGGACAAAUUUCUUUAAACUUAAGAAAUUGGAAAAAAAUUUAUUAAUACAGCGUCGACAAAUGUCACAAUUGGAUGUAAACACGAAUGUACAGAACAAUGUAAUUUUAUACAAAUAUGAAAAGAAUGUUUAUUUCCGAAAUUUGCAAAUUUUUGGAGUUGCACAAUUAGUUAGCUGUAUAGUAUUGGGUUUUUAUAGUUAUACUCCAACUUUCUGGGAUAUAAGGAAUGCUGAUGUAGAUCUAAAGGAAUAUUGGCUGAACAACAUACUUCGAUUUACUAUGUUCUCCUUUGCAAUUUUAAUAGGUCCUUCUAUCUGUAUUUACACUUAUGCUAUAUGUGCUCGUAGCAUCAAGUAUAUUAUUUUAAAUAAAGGUGGUAAAACACUUUCAAUUAUUACUAAUCAUGUGCUAAAGAAGAAAUCCAAACUGAAUUUACCAGUAGGAAUGGUAAAGUGCACCGCAGACAGAAGAGAUAAUAGAGGAAUAUACCUACCACUUAAAAUAGAAAAUAGAUCUUUUUAUUACCUAGUUAAUAAAAGUGGCACUUUUUUAAAUUUAAAACUUUUUGAAAUUAUCUGUUACUAG